UUCCCAUCCGAUUUUCUCGCCAUCAAACGGUCCGGCAAAACCGUUCGGAGCAUUGUGACAAGCAAAUAUAGUGCUACCAGUACGCCUCAGCAGCUCGAGACACUGCCUUCCAAAGGAAAAAUUCUCUUUCCCCUUGAUCACCUCCCACCAGCAUCUGUCCCUGAUGAUAUCCCCCCGUACCUCAUCAUGAGAUUCGAGCACUUCAUCACAGACGAACAGCAAAAAGCCCUCCGGGUCCGUUGGGAUCGUUUAUUGCACACCAAGCCGAAGCACCUCCUCAAGAAAGACAAAAACCGCUCAGCUACGGACGCAUACCAUUUUGGCACAUGGGAGGUGACUGGUGCGCAGCCCCGCCUGACUUCGGAGACUGAGGCACAGUCUCUUGAGGCUAUCAAGGCGAUGGAUGACCUUUUGUUUUUUAUUAAAACUGCCAUCGCUCCCAAAGUUUCCACUGUAUUUAAGGAUCAUGCGCCGAUCCAAUGGGAGGCAAUUCAAAAAGCGUAUACUCGUGCGCAUCAGCACCUCGGGCAUAAAUACCAGUUGCGUCCAAAUCUCGAUAUGGGAGGACCUUUUUUUGCAAUCGCCGCAAAAGAAUCGGGGUCAGGGGUCGUGCACAUCGACUGGAAUGACGAUCGUGCGCUCUAUGCUUUUGUUUUUGCGGUUGGUGACUGGGAGGGAGGGGAGUUCUGUGUCCCGCAAUUAGGCAUCAAAAUUCCCGUUCGCCCCGGUCAACUAUUGGCAGUCUUAGCUCGGGUCCUCGCUCACUUUAGCGCUCCAGUCACAAGUGGCCGUAGAAUAGUAUUUACUUGUUUCACGGACCGUUUGCUUUUCCGUCACAGUCAUAAUAUUCCAGUAGUUGUCUUGGCAUAG